CCAGGAUUUCAACGACGAUUGCUCGACGAGAGACACGCGGUGGAAAGAGAGAGAAAGAGAGAGAGAGAGAGAGAGAGAGAGAGAGAAAGGAGAGAGAGAGAGAGAGAGAGAGAGUUCAGUCGUUUCGUGGCUGCCGAGUUGACCGGGCGUGUCGUAUCGAGCUCACACAAGCUUUCGCGCCGGUUCCGUGUUCACCUUUACGUUUAUCUUCCUAUCUUCUUGAAAUCCAUCUCAACGUUUCAAUAACUUUCGAAUCUCGAAUAAGAGAAUGGAUUGUACAACGCUCGCGAAGAUUCUCUCGUUCCUGGCGUUGAUACAAUACGCCAUGUGUGGAAUCGCACCGGACCCGAAGAUCUUCUUCCCGACGAUCGAAGGUAAUCUGACAAAGAUCGUCUGGGCUCAUGCCGUCAAUAGCCAAGCUAACUUGUCUAAGGCACUGACCGCGGACGACAUCAUGAUGGUCGAAGCCGACGUUGUGAUGGGCAACCUGAACAAUUCCAUUAGCAAUAAUACGAACAUACCGAUAAUGGCUCAUCCACCGGAUACAGAGAGCGAUCUCUCUCUUGAAGAGUUUCUCUCGAGUGCUCUUAAUAGUACCAAGGGCGUAAAACUUGAUUUCAAGACACUCGAUGCCUUCGAACACAGCAAACCUAUACUUGCCGAAAAACGAAAAAAGUUCACCAAUCCUUUGUUCUUAAAUGCCGACAUUCUACCUGGACCGGUUGACGCCAAAACCAUUCCACUCGAUUCCAAAUCUUUCCUGACCGGUGCAAUGGAGGUUUUUCCAGAAAGUAUCCUAUCUAUUGGUUGGACGACCAGAUAUGGGUCAGAGUUCAACAUAACCGAAGGCCAUUACACGACGGAACAGAUCCAGAAGAUGAUAGAAACCUUAACGGAGAAUAAGGUCUCUCAGUCGAUAACUUAUCCAGUGAGAGCAGGUCUCGUUGCUAACGACAUUAGCGCCAUGAAAACGUUGCUAAAUCGAAGCUCCAGCUUUGGCAAUGUAACUUUGACCAUCUGGUCUAGCCACGGCGAUCAAGUCGACACGAAGAAACUCUCCGAGUUGAUAACAACGAUCGGCGUUGAUAAGGUCUAUGUCGAUGUUCCAGAAGAUGUUUGGAACAAUCUCGACUUGACUAGCGGUUCGUCGACCUUUAAUGUCGCGAUGAUGACCGCGAUGAUGCUCCUUUCGUUCCUUUUUGUCAGGAUGCUGUGAAGCAAUCUAUGUGAGGAUCAAUCGCGGUUUUUAGAAAAUACAACUUUACAAGAUGCGAGCAUCUUCGUCCAUUCUGGACGACGUCAAACAAGAAUGAACGCUUUAGAUCUCGCAAUUUCGCUUACCGCCGAUCAAUUUUUGAAGAUCGUUCAUCGAAGGAUCGUCGUUUUCCUUACCAUUUUUUUUAAUCAACUGCAAGGUCAAACGUUUUUCUGUCUUGAUUCUUCGUAUUUUUCUUCAUCGUCAUCUUCCUCUUCCUUUCCGUACGCGCAACGAAAAUAAACGAGGAAGAUUUCGGAGGACGAAUUCUUGCGAAUUUGUCGUAGUCGUUUAAAAAAAUUAAAUCAACAUACACAAUUCCUUUCGCUUAUAAAUAUUAAUAAUAAUCGAACAGUAGGGAUAAUUCACUUGUAGGAUUAGACGCACAAUUUUAUCAAAUACCGUUUUAUACAUUUAACAGAAAUGUCAUUUGAUUCAUUGAGAAUCUCAUCAAACGAGAUAUAUAUACGAAUUGCCUGAAAAUAAUCAUAAGAUUUUAUCGUCGGUGUAUCGCUGUUAUUUCAAAAUUAUAAUCUAAUUGAAAUUUACCGCAAGAAUCUUAAUCAAAUUUUUAGGUCGAUUGAGGAAAUAAUAUUCUUGAAUCCUAGAUAAUUUAAUUUUUAAUAGGACACAACAUGUAAACAGCAUUGAGAACGUUUCGCAUCAAAAAAUUAACAUUGCCUCUUAUCAUAUUUGUUUAUGAACGUAUUAUUAAUUCUCUAGCGCGAGAUCGCUCUAAUUAAAAGAUAAGAAAUUAUACUUCCUUUCAUAACGGAUAAUUAUUUUGGCUAAGUUUAACUUUGAACGUAUAUUUUGAAAGAAAGAUUACAAAGUUUUACAUUUUCUAUGAACGCUUAAAUUUUUUCAUUUUUUUUUUUUUUUUUUUUUUUUUUUUUUUUUUUUUUUUUUUAUUAAAUCAACUUUAAAGCAUCUCAUUUGUUGAUUAUUCAAAACUUCGAAGACAUUCUGUACCUACAAUUAACAUAUCUCUCAUUCAAUGUCCUAGAUGCAAAUAAGCUGAUAAUAGGAAUUUAUGUAAGCCACAUAUCUAAGCCAAAGGAUAUAAUAAUAUUUAAAUGUAUAAAUACGGUGCAAGAGCACUGCGUUUGUUAACGAAACAAUAAAAUUAUUUACAAUCCUACGAA